AAGGCGUACGCCGUCGGCUUCUCAACUACAUUUGCAAAUGCACAAUUUUAUGCCGAUGCCUUCCUCUUCUAUUCAUGUCGACCAUGAUCUGCUUGAAGCUGAAAGACGUGCAUCUUUUAUGAACCAUUUGAAGCACAACUUGCAUAAUUUUUGGAGAGAUAGACUCUCUGAGAUUCGUGACGCUCCUACUGAUGUCAAGACUCCACACACACUGCCAUUAGCUCGCAUAAAGAAAGUGAUGAAAUCUGACGAAAAAGUUAGGAUGAUCAGUGCUGAUACACCGGUGUUGUUCAGCAAAGCGUGUGAGCUAUUUGUGAUGGAACUAAGCGUGCGGGCGUGGAUGCACACUCAACUUAACAACCGCAAAACUCUGCAGCGCAACGAUGUCGCUUUUGCUAUUAGAGACCACUCUCUCUUAGCCUUCCUCAAAGACAUCGUCCCCUUGGAAUCACACCUCCGUGAUGAUGAUGAAUCCAUUCCAAAUGCUCAACUUCAGGAUGAUGAACCCAUUCCAAAUAAUACCAAUAAUACUAAUAACAAUAAUAAUAUUGACCAUGGAGUUUAUGUUCCUCAUCCACUCCCUCCCAACUAUAUGCAGGAGCUAGGAGGAGAUGAACAUCAAAUGGCAUUUCCCAUGAGUUAUCCUCACAACUUCAAUCAUUUGUCGCUUGAAAUCAAUUAA